UAGAGACUCCAAAUUGAUAUCUGAGAUUAAUUUAUCCCUUCAGUUUCUGCGCGGCGACAGAGCGACCAGCACGAUGAACGCGGAUAAUCGGCGCGGGGAGAUGGCGGACGUGAAGACGCAGCUGGGUCAACUGGCGGGAAGCAGGGCGCCGGGAGCGGCGGAGAUGCGGCGAGAGCUGUUCAAGAAGGUCAUCUCGCAGAUGACCAUUGGGAUUGACGUCUCCUCCGUCUUCAGCGAGAUGGUCAUGUGCAGCGCAGCAUCGGACCUGGUGCUCAAGAAGAUGUGCUACCUCUACGUCGCCACCUACGCCGCCACCAAGCCCGAGCUCGCGCUGCUCACCAUCAACUUCCUGCAGCGCGACUGCCAGGACGACGACCCUAUGAUCAGAGGCCUAGCUCUGCGCAGUCUCUGUUCCCUGCGAGUGAGAGGCCUAGUGGAGUACCUCGUGGGGCCGCUGGAAAGAGGGCUGGGCGACGUGAGUGCGUACGUGCGCGCGGUGGCGGUGAUGGGCGUGCUCAAGCUCUACCACCUGGCGCCGGGGGUGUGCCGCGAGCAUGGGUACAUCGGCAUGCUCAAGAGGAAACUCGCCGACGAACCCGAUGCCCAGGUGGUGGCGAACUGUGUGAGCGCGCUGCAGGAGGUGCUGGCGGGGGAGUCCCUGGCAGAGGAUGGGGACCCUGAGGCCUUGAAGGACCGCGACAUGCUGCACAGCCGCGCCCUCGUCUUCUCCCUGCUCAACCGCAUGAAGGAGAUGAGUGAGUGGGCGCAGUGCACAGUGCUGGAUCUCGCGUCUCGCUACACGCCAGCGAAUGCAGACGAGGUGUUUGACCUCAUGAACCUGCUGGAGGACCGCCUGCAGCACGCCAACAGCGCCGUGGUCCUUGCUACCGCCAAGCUCUUCCUGCACCUCACGCUCGCCAUGCCUGACGUGCACCACCAGGUGUACGAACGGAUCAAGACCCCACUGCUGACCCUAGUGGGAACGUGCAGCACAGAGCAGUCGUAUGCCGUUCUCUGCCACCUCUCCCUGCUGGUCCAACGCAAUCCCUCUGUGUUUGUGGGCGACUACAAGCACCUGUACUGCAAGGUGCGGGACCCACCAUAUGUGAAGCGACUCAAGCUGCAGAUGCUGACAGCCAUCGCCAACGACAGCAACACCUACGAAAUUGUAACGGAGCUGACAGAGUACGCAGCGGACGUGGAUGUGACAAUCGCUAGGGAGGCCAUACGGGCGGUGGGGCAGAUCGCCCUGCAGAGCUACGAUGUGAACGGCAUCGUGGACCGCCUGCUGCAGUUCCUCGAGAUGGACACCGACUACGUCACGGCUGAGACGCUGGUUUUGGUGCGUGACCUGCUGCGCAAGUACCCGCAGUGGUCGCAGGACUGCAUUGCCGUGGUGGGGUCAGUGAGCUCUCGCUCCGUGACGGACCCACGUGCCAAGGCGGCGCUGGUGUGGAUGCUGGGGGAGUACGGCCAGCACAUGGCGGACGCUCCGUAUUCGCUGGAGGGCUUUGUCAACUCGUGGGAGGAGGAGCCCAGUGCUGAGGUGCGUCUGGAACUGCUGUCAGCAGUGGCGAAGCUGUUCUUCAAGCGCCCUCCCGAGUGCCAGAAGAUGUUGGGAGCCGUGCUCGCACAUGGGCUGGCGGAGUCGCAGCAGGAUGUGCAUGACCGCGCGCUGCUGUACUACCGGCUGCUGCGUGCGGGGGCGGGAGUGGCGGAGCGAGUGAUCAACCCAGAGAAGCAGCCUGUGUCGGUUUUUGUGGACUCCCAGGGGAGUGAGACGCGCGACCGCAUCUUCGACGAGUUCAACUCGCUCUCCGUCGUCUACCGCAAGCCGGCAUACCUGUUUCUGGACAAGGACCAGCGCAGCCUGCUGGACGCCGAAUACACCUCCGUAGCUUCCGCUGCUGCUGCUGCAGCUGCGGCCACCGCUUCUGCCUCUGCCGCUGCUCCCUCUGCCCGCGCCUCACACCCCGAAUCCGCCUCAUCUCUCCUCAAUGCCUCUGAUCGGGAGCAUGCAGACACGCAUGGCUCGUCACCUCUCGUUUCCAGCGCUGCUGUGCCCAAUGGUCACAGUGCUGCUGCUGCUGGUGCAGCAGCAGAGGCUCCUCUGCUGCCGUUCGACCUGCUAUCCGAUGGCCCGGCAAAUCCUGCUGCUGCUGCGGCUACCCCACCUCCUGCUGCAGCAGCACCCAGCACUUCUGCUGCUGCUGCUCCUUCGGACCCCUUUGCGGAGCUAGCCAGCACCCAACCCAGCCAGUCAGGGACUCCAAGCACUGCAGCAACAGCAGCAGCCGUGCCAGCAGCAGCAGCCAGUGCUGCAGCUGCUGCUGCUCCAGCCCCUGCAUUAACUGCCGGAGGAGGCGGGUUUGGCUCUCUAGACAGCCUGCUCGGCCUUGCAGGUCCAACCCCAGGGAUAGGUGGCGGAGUGGGAUUGGAGGACAUGCUGUCAGGGGGCCAUGCCACUGUGCGCCCAUCACUGGUGCUGAGCGCCAAGGCUACUUUGGAUGCACCGAGCUUCCAGCGCACAUGGAGCCAGCUGCCAGUUGCCGCCACUCUGGAAGAGAACCUGCCUGAAACGUUCAUCACUGCACUGACAGCGCCAGCCCCCCUGUUAAGGCACAUGGUGCAUAAGAACAUCCAGUGCAUGGCAUCAGGUGGCCAACGGCCUGCUUUCCGUUUCUUCUUUUACGCGCAAAAGGCAGACGCUGCACCAGGUGGCAUGUUUUUAGUGGAGCUCCAGGUGAACACGAGCGCCGGCACAGCAAGUGGCAAAGUGAAGGGGGCAGCAGGAGCAGCUGACGAGUUCGCUACAUUGUUUCGUGAUGCGUUGCUGUCGUUUGGCCAGCUCAUAUAACCAAAUUUUGUUAUUUUCUGUAAUAACGCGCUAAUGCUGGAUAGCUUUGCAUGGUUUGUGUGUGAAGCAUAGCUGUCUUUGUUACGGUUUGUUAUAAUGUAAUUAGAUAGGUUUGGUCUAGGAUACAUAUAAUCAAUCAGUAACCAGCUU